AUGGAAUGUACACAAAGUGCAAACCCAAGUUCCCAACCCUCCGCCGUGCUCUUCUACCGCUCUCUUCCUCCGCCGCGAAGCCGCCCAUUCCACCAUAGACCAUUUUCUCACUAUUUCCUAGUUGUGUUUAGUUACUUCAGGCUUUUACCAUCGUUGUACAAUAAUUCCUAUAAAGAAGUGCAAGCUAGGAGUAGGACAAAUGGAAUUGUGUCAUCCAUAUCCUGCUCCGGUACUAAAAACGAUGUUGAAACUGCCAAAGGAAGUAGGGCUGAUGGCCUUACGUAUAAGGAUGCUGGUGUUGACAUUGAAGCCGGUUCGGAACUUGUUAAAAGAAUUGCUAAGAUGGCCCCUGGAAUUGGAGGUUUUGGUGGGCUCUUUCCCUUAGGGGAUUCUUAUCUCGUGGCUGGCACAGAUGGAUUGUNUCUUUUAGGGGGAGAGACUGCAGAGAUGCCUGAUUUUUAUGCAGAAGGUGAGUAUGACCUUAGUGGUUUUGCUGUGGGAAUUGUGAAAAAAGAGUUGGUUAUUGAUGGGAAAAACAUAACGGUUGGGGACGUCCUCCUUGGCCUGCCAUCCAGUGGAGUUCAUUCAAAUGGGUUCUCUCUUGUCAGAAGGGUUCUAAAGCACAGUGGCCUUUCGUUGAAAGACCAACUUCCUGGUUCAUCUGUUACCCUAGGCGAAGCUUUAAUGGCGCCUACUUGUAUCUAUGUCAAGCAGGUUCUUGACAUUAUUAGCAAAGGUGGCGUUAAAGGGAUAGCUCACAUCACAGGUGGUGGUUUUACGGAUAAUAUACCUCGUGUGUUUCCAAAAGGUCUUGGAGCUGUCAUAUACAAGGACUCAUGGGUGGUUCCUCCUAUUUUCAAAUGGAUUCAGGAGGCUGGAAGAAUUGAAGAUUCUGAAAUGAAACGAACUUUUAAUAUGGGGAUUGGGAUGGUUCUUGUGGUGAAUAAGGAUACUGCUCUUAAAAUACUUGGGGAUGGACAUGGCGCAAAUACAGCUUAUCAAAUUGGUGAGGUUAUACAUGGCGAUGGAGUGAGAUUUACUAUGAGAAAGAAGCUUUGGCUUUCAUUGAACCUUCUACUUAUGCAUUGUUGUUCAGUACUAGGAAAGAGCAAGGUACAAGAGAAGGCAGAAGCAACUAUCCCAGUGGCAACUCCAUCUUUUCCAGAAGGCAAUACAACAUUUCUUGGUGGCACAACAUGGUGUAUAGCCCAUCCAUUGGUUUCCCCAUUUGAUUUGCAGAUUGCAUUGGAUUGGGCAUGCAGUUCAGGUCAAGCCGACUGCGGCCCAAUUCGACCUGGAGGUCCGUGUUUCGAGCCGAACACUCUGGUGUCCCAUGCAUCCUUUGCUUUCAAUAGCUACUACCAACAGAAUGGGAAUAAUGAUAUUGCUUGUAAUUUUGGAGGAACUGCCAGAUUAACUCAAACUGACCCUAGUUAUGAAAAAUGUGUGUAUGAAACUUCUGGGCCUGUAAAAUCUUCAGCCCCACCAUCAUCAAGUGGUCUCAGACUCAAACCAGCAUCAGCUUCCCCUGUCAAAAGCUUGGUCGCUACUCAACCGUUGAAGCAUAAAGGGCAGGGAGCUUUGGGCGCCCGCUGUGAUUUCAUUGGCUCCCCAACAAAUUUGAUAAUGGUGACUUCAACAAGUCUGAUGCUGUUUGCCGGUCGGUUCGGUUUGGCUCCAUCUGCAAACAGGAAGGCUACUGCGGGAUUAAAGCUUGAGGUGAGGGACUCAGGGCUGCAGACAGGGGAUCCAGCUGGUUUCACCCUAGCAGAUACAUUGGCUUGUGGAGUUGUAGGUCACAUUAUUGGGGUUGGGGUUGUACUUGGCCUCAAGAACAUUGGUGCCAUCUAA